CCAAAGAUCACCGAGAGGUCACCAUGGCAACACUCUCAGCCAUCCUGCUGUCGGCGCUGGUGGUGGUGACGGCUGCCCAACAGAUUCAGACACUUCAAGAUCUAUCCAACACGCUGCUCCUCAACCAGCUGGCAAUGUCCAACAUGCUGGCUGAACGCGACUCCGGAACCAGAGUAAUAAGAGAGUGGCUGAACGACCUGCAAUCAAAUAUUACUUCCGAAAUAGCGGCUUUGCAGAACGUUGUUAAAGCUAAUGGUGUUCCCCUAAAUGAUGGGGCCGUGGAGUGCAUGGUACCGUUUGUGAACGUGUAUGGUCACUGUAUCUUGGUGGAGACGGCACUGACGGGAACUUGGGAAACAAUGAGACGUCACUGUCAGCAGAAGGGCGGCGAUAUUGUCAAGGUUGACUGUGGCACCUUCAUGUAUUACCUCGUCAAGUACCUUCACAGUAACGGUCUGGCUAAGUUGUCUUACUGGGUCGGUGGGAGAGAUGAAGGCCACGAGGGAUCUUACUUUUGGACUGAUGGUACCCAGGUCAAGAUGGGAACACCCUUUUGGGGUGACGGCAUUAAUGACAACAUUCAGGAGCCCGACGGAGGAACCAAUCAAAACUGUAUAGCAAUGUCCAAGGAAGAUCAUUAUUUUUUCUUCGAUCUUUCCUGCAGUGAAAGAAAUGCAGUUAUUUGUGAGAAACUGAAAUUGUUUUAGGAACAAUACCUGCAUUCUGUCCUUGAAGUUUCAGGGGCUUUAUGUUCUAGGAGUAGCAGCUGCCUCCUGACUUUGGAGUAACACUUGUGGAGAAUUCUGACACAUGGGAUUUUAUUUAAUUUAAUUAUUAAUUAAUUAAUAUAUUUAAAUAUUUUUUAUUUAUGUUGUAUAAUAAAUUAAUUUAUUAUUUUUUUCGAUAGCUUAGUGAAUUGUAUGUUUUAUUGAGCGGACUUUAUGGAUUUAAAUUCUCCCACAAGUCAUAUCCAAACACAAAAGGGGAGGUUAAUUAAUUAUAUUAGUCUAUCAAUCAAGAAUUUAUCGAUUGACAGAAAAAAAAACUAUGCGUUAGUCUAUUAAUCUACUGGUUUUGUACUCAACGCCUUAACUGAUUUGAAGGCUUCAGUGUGGGUCCAACUGUUGGGUUGUGAGCAAUCAACCAUAUUAGAGCCUCGUGGUCUAUGGCGUCUGUUCCCACGUGAAUCAACCGAUUGAGGUGCUUGGUUUCCCUGGUGACCACAGAAGAUCUGCCGGAAUAAUACAAUAUAAUAACUGGAAAUAUACUUCCUAUCACAGAUAUGGCACGUUAAUAAUGUUUAGUUGAGUAAUUGUGAGAGGCUUAUCAUGUUUUAUUGGUUUGCCUGACUCAUCUCCGGUUGGCUAUUAUUAUUAUAUUAUAGGAUCCUGUAAUAAGAUGUAUUAUUUUGACCAAAUGAAUACGAGGUACUCUGGUUACUUAGAGGUUGCGCCAGCUGAAGAACGUAGGAAUGGUUCGGGUUACGAGUACAAACGUAGCUGUUUCUUUGAUUAUUAAAGGAAGUCGAUUUUUUCCCGACAACACUUGCCUCAUGACCUUGGAAUAAUACCUGCUUCCUGACCUUAGAGUAACACCUGCUUUCUGACCCUGGAGUAACACUUGCUUCCUGAUCUUCGAGUAACACCUGCCGCCUGAUCUUGGAGUAACACCUGCUCCCUGUCCUAGCACUAACACGUGACUUGCGUCCCUCGAGGAGCACCUCCGUGGCCUGACAGGUCAUCAUUAGGACCGAGUGUGUAACGUGGAGCAUUUAGCUAAUAACAAAUUUAAUAAUAACGUGAUAAAAUGAUUAGCUCUUUGAUUCAUAUGAUAAAUUAUAAUUAUAUGAUUAGUGAGAAAAUAAUUUGAGGUUCCUACAACAUGAACUGCAAAUGUUGUACUCCCCCAAGCUGUACUGCACAUGAGCACUCCUCCAAAUCUGUACUGCACAUGAGCACUUCUCCAACUCGAACUGCACAUGAGCACUCCCCCAAGCUGUACUGCAAAUGCGCACUCCUCCAAGCUGUACUGCAAAUGCGCACUCCUCCAAGCUGUACUGCAAAUGCGCACUCCUCCAUGCUGUACUGCAAAUGGGCAUUCCUCCAAGCUUUACUGCACAUGAGCACUCCUCCAAGCUGUACUGCACAUGAGCACUCCUCCAAGCUGUACUGCACGUGAGCACUCCUCCAAGCUGUACUGCACAUGAGCACUCCUCCAAGCUGUACUGCACAUGAGCACUCCUCCAAGCUGUACUGCACAUGAGCACUCCUCCAAGCUGUACUGCACAUGAGCACUUCUCCAAGCUGUACUGCACAUGAGCACUCCUCCAAGCUGUACUGCACAUGAGCACUCCUCCAAGCUGUACUGCACAUGAGCACUCCUCCAAGCUGUACUGCACAUGAGCACUCCUCCAAGCUGUACUGCACAUGAGCACUCCUCCAAGCUAUAUAAUUAAAUUAU